CUGGUUCUGGUGCCUCUUGCUAGCAUUUUCAACAUGUAUCAAGGGCAAUACAAUUCAAAACCACCUUUGCCACAAUAUGAUUCGGAGCAGUAUCCAUUGCAACAAACCAGUUAUGGAUCUCACGACGCUGAAAAGGUGCCUUAUGAUAAUCCGUUUGAUCAAGGCGCCUAUGGAGACGCAAUGGCAUCGCCUCACAACAUAGAUACGAUGGAUCAACCCCUCUUGAAUCAUUCCGAAGCACCUUCACCUUAUCCAUCAAGUCCCUUUGGCAACCCAUCCUAUCCCAGUAGCCCUUAUCCGAAUGAUCCAUCGACACCAGUUUCCAUGCCAAUGCCGAUGCCACCAGGGGGCGGUGUCCAGUUCGCCAUGCCUCCCUCACCUGGAACUUCUAUCCCGCGUCGACAACCUCGUCGAUACAAGACAGUCCGAAAGGUGAAGCUUACGGGAGGUAAUUUGGUGUUGGACAAUCCCGUGCCCACCAAAUAUCUGCAACAAUUGCCAAGGAAGGAUUCCGAAGAGUUCACUCACAUGCGAUAUACGGCCGCUACGUGUGAUCCAUCUGAAUUCGGUGAACAAAAUUACAAAUUGCGACAACAGAUCCUGGGACGAAAAACAGAGUUGUUUAUUGUGCUUACGAUGUACAACGAAGACGAAGUUCUUUUUUGCCGAACCAUGCACGGUGUCAUGAAGAAUAUUGCGUACCUGUGUUCUCAGAAACGAUCCCAAAUUUGGGGACCCGACGGUUGGGAAAAGGUGGUUGUGUGUAUUGUAUCUGACGGACGAACAAAGAUCCAUCCGCGUACCUUGUCUGUAUUAGCUGCCAUGGGCGUCUAUCAAGAAGGUAUUGCUAAAAACGUGGUGCAAAAUAAACCGGUGACAGCCCAUAUUUACGAGCACACCACCCAAAUUUCUGUCGACCCUGAAAUGAAUUUCAGAGGCGCCGACAAGGGCAUUGUUCCUGUUCAGUUAUUGUUCUGCUUAAAAGAGAAGAAUCAGAAAAAGAUCAAUUCCCAUCGAUGGUUCUUCCAGGCAUUUGGCCCCUUGAUUCAACCUAACGUGUGUGUUUUGCUGGACGUCGGAACCAAACCAGGUCGUUCUUCCAUCUACCAUUUAUGGAAAUCCUUCGAUAUUAACAAAAACGUAGCCGGUGCUUGUGGUGAAAUUCGUGCCAUGACGGGUAAAAUGGGACGGUACUUGCUAAAUCCACUGGUGGCGUCUCAGAAUUUUGAAUAUAAAAUGUCCAAUAUCCUGGACAAGCCAUUGGAGUCGGUGUUUGGUCAUAUUUCCGUGCUACCGGGUGCGUUUUCGGCUUAUCGUUUCCAAGCCUUGCAGAACGAUGCGAAUGGUCACGGUCCUCUGGAAAAAUACUUUUUGGGCGAGAAACAGCACGGAGCUGAUGCCGAUAUUUUCACCGCCAACAUGUACCUCGCUGAAGAUCGUAUUCUGUGCUAUGAACUGGUAGCCAAGAAGGAUGCCGCAUGGAUUUUGCAUUACGUCUCCAACGCUUAUGGUGAAACCGAUGUCCCGGACAAUGUGCCUGAAUUUAUCUCGCAGCGUCGGCGAUGGCUCAAUGGAUCUUUCUUUGCCGGAAUUUAUUCCUUGGUUCACUUUCGCAAAGUGUGGAGUUCGGACCAUUUUAUCCUACGAAAGUUCAUGUUUAUGAUUGAAGAUUUGUAUCAGCUGUAUAACUUGUUUUUCUCCUGGGUUGCCAUGGGCAACUUCUAUCUUAUUUUCUACAUUCUUACAACGUCGAUGGAAUCCGAGACGCUGAAUCCGAAGCCGUAUUCAAGUGAAGUGGCGCAGAUUCUGCAUAUUGUUCUCAACUAUAUCUAUGUGCUUCUACUGGUCGUUCAAUUCAUUGUGGCUAUGGGUAACCGUCCGCAGGGUUUCCGAUGGGCGUACAUCCUCAGUAUUGUAUUCUUUGCUCUACUAAUGGUCUACAUCAUGUUCUGUACAAUCUGGAUCACCGUGGUCGCCGUGCAAACCGCUGUGAAUGAAGCCUCAACGUCCGAUGACAAAUUCAUUUCACUGCUCAGUCAAAGCUCUUUCCGUGAACUGAUUGUAUCCAUGAUAUCCACCUAUGUGAUGUACUUUGUGGCUAGUAUCAUGUUCCUGGAUCCUUGGCACAUGUUUACCAGCUUUAUUCCUUACAUCUUCAUGUCGCCGAGUUAUACAAACGUUUUGAACAUUUACGCUUUCUGUAACACGCACGAUGUUUCCUGGGGUACCAAAGGUGACAACAGUGUUUCAACCGAGUUGGGUGUAGUCAAGGCCAAGAAGGAUAAAGACGGAGGUCACUCGGUGGAAGUGGAGCUGCCAACAGAGCAAAAAGAUUUGAACGAACAGUAUGAAGAGGCUUGCUUGGAGCUGAAGAAGAUCGUCGUCCCCGAGGCCUCCCAUCGUGACGCGAAAACGAAGCAAGAAGAUUAUUACCGAGCUUUCCGAACUCGGCUUGUGCUGGCGUGGGUAUUUACCAACCUGGCCUUGGUUGCAGUAAUUACGAAUGGACAAAUAUUCCAAUGGUUCGGUACCUAUGAGCAGCGCAGUAUGGCUUAUCUCGGUUUCAUCCUGUGGUCUGUGGCCGGCCUAGCUGCCAUUCGCUUUGUGGGCGCCUCGCUGUACCUCUUUAUGAAGAUCUUUACCGGUUAAUAAUUUACUCAAAGUGCUGGCCACAUGUGUAAAAAUAGAAUUUAACAUAGAUUAAAAAAAUCAUAUCACACACCAAAAAAAUAAAUAAUUUGAAUACC